GGAGAUGAGUUGACAUAUCACCGACUGGCUGAUGAAACUCUGGACGAACUGACUGACUUCUUUGAGGACCUGGGAGAAAGGACCUGUACUUCUUCCGACUUUGAUGCCUUCUUCUCUGUAAGAACAUUCAUAGAGAGAACUAUAGUGUCCCCUCCCACCUCAAUUUGCCUUUUUGUGGACCAUUCGGAAACCUGCAAAUUCGCGAAAUCUCCUGCCUCUAAUAUUUUCCACUCUACAACUAUUCUUCUCUCCCUCUCACAUUCCCUACUGACCACUGUUGUGGCGAUGAUUCUAAUACAUGCUGAUAUGUAUAUUAUCCCUGUGUCCACAGAGUGGUGUUCUGACAGUAAAUCUGGGUGGAGGACUGGGUACGUAUGUGAUCAACAAACAGACACCAAACAGGCAGAUAUGGCUUUCCUCUCCAAUCAGUGGUCCAAAGAGGUAUGACAUCAUAGGGGGUCAGUGGGUGUACAGUCAUCAUGGAGUGGUCCUCCAUGACCUUCUGUCAGAGGAGCUAUCCAGACUAUUGGAGACCAACAUUGACCUUUCUCUCUUAAGU